GACUGCGAGCCACAGCCCAGGCGUCUGUCGCAUUUGUAGCGAGUCGUGUCCAGUGUGACGUUCCGCAUUGGGAUUUCGUGCUGCUGUUUCUGCGCCGAGAAUUUCUUCUGCUACACCCACAUCCUUAAUAAGAAUCGUCCGCAAUGGAAGCAGUUAAGGACAUCACAGAGACGGUGGCUGUGGACCUGGGGGACCUGCUGGACGCCGGGGACGACGCCAUGGUGAUACUCGAGGCAGGUGAGACUCGGCUGGUGGUGCACAGGGCCGUCCUGGCGGACAGGAGCCCUGUGUUCGCGGCCAUGUUCGCCCACGACACCCUCGAGGCGAGCACUGGCGUGGUGAGGAUUGCCGACAUCGGGGGCCCGGUGCUGAGGCAGCUGGUCUCCUACCUGUACACCCAGCGGGCCCCCCAGCUGCCCGGCGCGGCCCCCCAGCUGCCCGGCACGGCCCCCCAGCUGCUGGCUGCAGCAGAUAAGUACGGGGCGUCGCGGCUGAAGGCGGAGUGCGAGCGGCAGGUGGCCGCUCAGCUGACCGUGGAGACCGCGGCGGCCGCGGCCGUCCUCGCAGUCCGCCACUCCUGCAGUGACCUCAGGCGAGCCGCCAUCGAAUUUAUUAAGGCACGUACCCACGAGGUGAUGGCCACUCAGGGGUGGGCAGAUGCGAUGCUUCAUCAACCUAAGGACUUGAUCGAAGUGAGCAGAUUGCUGUAUGAUCCACCACCACAAACCAGUGCACCAGUCGUUACAGAGCUGAGGACCACCACUACCACCAGCACCACAACCACAACCAGAACCACCACCACCACCACCACCGCUGCCACCGCCACCUCUGCCAGCGCACCUCGCCAGACACCUGCUGCUGCGCGGCCCACGACUCCUCCACCUGAUGAGGCCACUGUCUCUCAAAUGCGGAGCCUCUCUGCAGAGGAGAGGGGCAGGAGGCUGGUCCAGGCGGCUAAGCAGCGGGCAGUGGGGGAGCUGAGGGCGCUGAUCGCCGCAGGGGCCGACGUGGAGGCGAGGGGCGGGCCGUGGGGGUGGACCGCCCUGCACUGGGCAGCAGCCAGGGGAGACGUCGAGGCGGCGAGGCUGCUGGUGGGGGCGGGGGCGGCGGUGGACGCCAGGGAUGAUUAUGGGUGGACGCCGCUGCAUCACGCGGCGCUCAAUGGCCGCGCAGAAGUGGCGGCUGCGCUGCUCGUCGCGGGGGCCGACAGGGGGGCCACAACUGGUGAUGGUGGGCAGACAGCGCUGGACCUCGCCAGGGAGUGCAACCUCAGGCGGCUGGUGGAGAUGCUGUCAUGAGGCAGGCAGUCCAGCGAACUCUGUGCAAAAAAACAGGAACUGAAAGAAGUUGUACGAGAGCAAUAUUCAUAAUUUUUUAAAUAAAGAUCCAAAAAACUCAA